AUGGCCGGGGAUUCCGGGGUCGCAGAGGCAUUAAGCGAAGCAGAUUUUCAACUCAAACUGGACUUGCUCUUUACGGACAGCGAACAACAGCUAAGAGAUGUCGCCACAGUCCCAGUGAUCAGCAGUCGCACUUUGGGGCUUCACUUCCACCCGAGGCAAGGCCUGCACCACCACGUCCCAGUCAUGUUUGACUACUUCCAUCUGUCUGCAAUCUCUGUGACAGUGCAUGGCUCUCUGGUGGCCUUACACCAACCCCUGAUCAGCUUUGCUCGUCCAGUGAAAGGGUCAUGGCUUGGGAAAGGCAGCUCGGAGACAGGCCCAGAUCCGACCGGGAUGUCACUUGAAAAUCUGGUAUUUGGCGCUGGUUACUGCAAGCCUGUUGCUUCAGAGGGCAGCUUUUAUGUACCAUCCGAAAACUGCAUGCAGCAUGCCCACAAGUGGCACAAAGACCUUUGCCUCCUGCUGCUGAAUGCAUACCGAGGACUGCAGGUGUACUACAGCAUCAUCCAGAAGGAGAUCCCCAGUUUACCGCACCUGAAGUUAGAGGAUCUUGCUGUGGAGGAGACGCUGUUCCAACUCUCCGCUGAGCUUCAGACUCUGAACAAUCCAGAGAAGAUCGCCGAACAGAUCAGCAAGGAUCUGACCUGCCUUUGCUCCCACCUGGUGGCUCUCUGGACUCAGUUCCUGGAGGUGGUAACUCUACAUCCAGACGUCACGGCCUAUCUGGUCCAGGAGCAUCACACUCUAAGGGCGCCCCCCUUACCGAAGAAAGGGUGCAGGAUGCAGAAGGUGGGCGGGCGGGCGGGCGGCAGCGGGCAGUGGCGGCAUCCAGGGAAGAGUAGCACAGUCAGUGGGUCGGCCAGGUGCAUGUGCGCCCCUGACUGCUAG